GUCCCCUCCCAGGAAGGAGCCGGAGUCGGCAGCGCCGCGGGCCCGGCAUGGAGUAGGGCGGCCCGGGGCCGGCGGCGCCGCGCGGGCAUGGAGCUGGGCCCGGGGCCCUGCGCGCUGCCCCCCGCCGCCGGGACCGGGACCGGGACCGGGUCCGCUGCGGCGGCGGCGGCGGGGGGACCCUGCGCCGAGAUGCUGCAGGUGGCGGAGGAGGCCUUCCGCGGCGGCAACUUCGAGCUGGCGGCCGAGAUCUACGGCUCGGAGCUGGCGGGGCUGCCGCAGCCGGAGCGGGGCCUGUGCCUCCGCCGCGCCGACGCGCUGGCGCGGGCCGGCCGCAUGGCCGAGGCGCUGGACGCCUACGGCGCGGCGGCGCGGCUGGGGCGGCUGCGGCCCGAGGAGCUGCGGGAGCUGGCCGAGAGCUUCGCCCUCAGCAUCCGCGACAAGGAGCUGCGCCUGCCGCCCUGGGGCGGCGGCGGACCCGGCGGCGGCGGCAGCGGGGCGGAGGGCGAGGGGCUGGGCGACCCGGCCUGCUGCCGCCCGCCCGAGCUCUUCGCCUGCCCGUUGUGCCGGCGGCUGCUGUGCGAGCCGGUGACCCUGCACUGCGGGCACACCCACUGCCGCCGCUGCGCCGAGCCCGGCGACUGCGGCCGCUGCCACCGACCGCGACGCCCUAACGAGACGACCCCCCCCCCCGCCGCCGCCGCCGCCGCCUCGCCGCCGUCGGCCGCCGCCCGCCCGCGGGUCAACGUGGUGCUGGGCAACCUGCUGCACAAGUGGUUCGGUGCCGAGAGCCGGGCGCGGCGGCUCCGCGCCGAGGGCGACGCGUUGCGGGAACGCCAGGAGCUGCCGGCCGCCUUGGAGAAGUACAACCAGGCUCUGGAGAUGGCUCCUUGCAAGUGUUCACUAAUAGCACAGCGAGCAGAACUCUGUACGUUGAUGAAGAACUACCAGCAAGCUCUUCACGACGCGGACGUCCUCUGCCGAAACAAACCCCACUGGCCUGCGGGCCAUUAUGUGAAAGCAAAAGCUCUUUCUGGAUUGGAAAGGACUGAGGAAGCAUUGAAGGAGUUUCUCUAUUGUGUUGCCUUAAAUCCUGAAUGGAGCUCAAUGAAGAAAGAAGCCCAAAAGAUAAUGUGUGAGAUGUUUUUCCCAGCCUUUGAAAAUGUGCAUGAUAGUCUAACAGCACCUUUCUCUAGUCGAACAUCCCAUACAAGAUUGAAACCCGCGUUUCUGAGUAGCAUAAACACACAGUCAGCUGUGGAAGACAGCUCUGUUGCUGGGUCCUCAAAGGAUACUGUGUUCAGGUUAACAAAAACCCCGUCCCAAGAAUCUGAUGUGUUUAGAAGCACUGAUUCUCCUGUUCCCCAUCAUGUUCUGGAUCUCUAUUUUGAAGACAACAAGAAGUCUUUGGGAGCUAUUCUCUCCAGUUUACCUGGGGUUGGCUUAAAAAGAAAGCUGUCCAACGAUAUGAGGGAUUUACAAAGCUUGGAUGUCUCCAAUAAGAUUCCUAAAAAAGAUGCAGAUGUUUCACCUGAAAACACCGCUGUCACUUCAAGUGAAAUACCAGCAACUCUGGUGGAUGCGUCGGACUUUGAGUGUUCCCUCUGCAUGAGGUUGUUCUAUGAACCUGUUACCACUCCCUGUGGACACACCUUUUGCCUCAAAUGCCUCGAGCGUUGCCUUGACCAUAAUCCGCAUUGCCCGCUCUGCAAAGAAAAGCUGUCAGAAUUUCUGGCAAGCAGAACUUACAAGAAGACCGUCCUUACAGAAGAACUGAUAGUCCGUUACUUGCCAGAGGAAUUAUCUGAAAGGAAGAAAGUUUAUGAGGAAGAAAUGAAGGAAUUGUCAAAUUUGAAUAAAGAUGUUCCCAUCUUCGUAUGUACCAUGGCCUUCCCUACCAUCCCUUGCCCACUCCAUGUCUUUGAGCCUCGUUAUCGCCUAAUGAUAAGAAGAUGCAUGGAAACUGGUACCAAGCAGUUUGGCAUGUGCUUAGCUGACGAAUUAAAAGGAUUUGCAGAUCAUGGCUGUAUAUUAGAGAUCAGGGACGUAAAGUUUUUUCCUGAUGGACGCUCAGUUGUUGAUACAGUUGGUGUCCGUCGUUUUAGGGUCUUAAGCCAUGGCCAGCGAGAUGGAUAUAACACAGCAAACAUCGAGUAUCUUGAAGAUAAAAAGGUUGAAGGACCGGAAUAUGAAGAACUUGUCCGCCUUCAUGAUUCAGUUUAUGAUCAAGCUGUUGCCUGGUUUACUUCUCUUAAAGACAAUAUGAAAGUGCAAAUUCUCAAUCACUUUGGGUCCAUGCCUGGAAAAGAACCAGAGCCACAGAGCAACCCCAGUGGUCCUGCCUGGUACUGGUGGCUCUUGGCAGUGUUGCCUCUGGAAAACAGAGCUCAGCUGGCUAUAUUGGCUAUGACCUCCCUUAAAGAUCGUCUUAUCGCCAUCAGACGCGUAUUGAUAUUUGUGACUCGCAAAAGACCCAGAUAACAUGGACUUCAGUUGUGAGUGGGCACCAAAAACAUCUCACGACAGGAAAAGGAAACUGGACAGUGGAUUGAAGAGGUGUUUCCUAGACUUUCUUGAAGGUAGUGAACAGAAGAGGAGUUACACCGCCUGGCAGAAGUAUGCAUGAAGACUAAUCAACAGUACACUGUUAGUGAAUUGGUAGGCAGUCUGUCAUACACCCAUGCCUCUCUCUCUUCAGCAAAUAACAGUCUGUGAGGAAAAAAAAAAAAUUAAGCCGUUUGUGGUCAAGGCAUCUGAGGAUGUUUAUCUGAAAGAAUAAUAGCUACUGAAUAAGUACACUAUUUAGUAGCCUUAGGUAAUCCCUCAUGUUGUGAUUUAUGUGUUGUAGCGGAUUGAGUAUGUACAAAAUGUUUGGAAAGGUGUACUUUGGUUUAUUUGAAAAGACAAAUCAAAGUAAUCCUAGCUGGUCUUAUCGCUAAAUUCAAAUCAAACCGGCUCCCUAAAGUAUGUAAACGCUGCUGUGAAAUAAUGAUUUCACCCCAAGUACAAGGGAGGCAUGCUGCAGUUAACGCUGAACGCCUGCUCUGCGAGUGGGACUGGCGAGGAUGAAAUGCAGAGAGGUUUCCAUCUCCCUCCUGCCUGCAGUGUCAUGCCAACCUCCCGUUACUUUGGGGUGAUCUCUACUGAACAUGUUUCAAACCGAAAGUAUUGUAGUUUAGUACCAGUUGCUGUAUGUGAUGGAAAUCAGUCCACAAUAACAUCGUGAAAGGAGGCACAAACCGAACCUAUAAAGGCAAGUCUCAAUGCAAGCUUAAGUCAGGUGUUAACCUUCAUUUGUCUCUUGGAUUAUUUUUUUAAUGUAUUGUUUUGUUAAUAUCUAACUUUGAUAGCUAUUAAAUUGAUCACUUGUCAGUCAAAUGAUCAACAUUUGCUCAACUGCCAAUGAAAUAACUAACAGUGUUACCAAUUCAAUUGGCAUAGUUUCCAAUAAGUAGAUCUGAUACUACCAACAGGGAAAAAAGUUGACUUGAAUCUCCAUGUGCUGCAAGCAUAGCAAGACCAAUGUAAAGACCUGUUCACGUACAGAAGUCUGGUAAGAAGAAAUGGCUGUUUACCUAAAUAGUCAAAGUGCCUGGUUUCUUCUUUUAGUUCUUUUGUCCUUAUUUGUCAAUGAAGAUGUAUUUAAACUUUUUUUUUCACUUUGCACAUGAAUUCUGGAAGAAGACUGCAUUAAAAUGCAGUGAUUGAGAUAUAUUACCUGCUCUCUUUUGGGUAUUGUAGUUAUAACCUGUGUGGUCUGGGAAACAAAAAUACAGAGGUUUUUUCCUUUCAGCAAAUGGCUACCACAAAUGGUUUCUGUAACAUACCCUGAAUGUACUGUAACUGCCUCUACCUUGAACACGCCUUUUCUAUUUAAAUAGUUCGUAAGUAAUUUCUCUGAAUUGUGAAGUGCAUAACUUACAACCAAUGAUGUCAUAACCUCUACAGUAGCCUUCUGCAAGUUCUGCUACCAUCACCAAAAUACUCAAAAUUCAAGUUGAAUGCAUUUCCUCCAGGGUUUGAAGGUGAUGAAGAGGAAGUCACUGAAGUAUAAAGGAAUUGUUCUAUAUAUUGGGGAGGAAAUGUCAGAAGUCAGUAGGUCUUCAGCCCACUGUCAGCUGAGCUACCGAAGGGUGGUUUCACAAACUAAUUCUCAGACCAGAAGAUGGACUGUAUUUGAUCUCGCAAUCCUUUCUGUUCAGCUUCCUGUUCUUCCCAUCCCUUUCCAUGCUGUGUGUUUCUUCUAGACUCACUCAUGUUGCUCCUUCGUGUGUCUGGCCUAGUUUUGAGUAUUACUAGUUUAGCUGCAAAGGGACACCGAUGGUAUUUGUAUAUUGCUGGUCCCUGAUCUUACAUGUGCUUAAUUUUAAAUAUAGGAGUGCGUUUAAGAAAAAAAAUAUCAAGGUGCUAGUUAAUGUCUUCUUGGCUUUGCCUCAGUAACUAAUGUGAAUAUUCUUCUUUGCAAAAGUGAUUUUUCAAGAUAUCUACUUUUGAGGUACUUCUGAGAGGAAACCCUACGGAACAAGAGAGGUUGUUUACUGCUGUUCUGUAAUGUGUAAAGACACGUUUUACAUGGAAAGUGACAUUACUGUGUUCAUGAAGGCCUGCAUAAUUAAUGGAAUGAUAGUUAUUGAAGAGAAAGCUGAACUGUAGAGGGAUUUUUUUUUGGUCAAGGUUUAAAGCGGUUUGUGAGUAUUUCAGUGACUGAUGUUUUGGAUAAACAAUAACAACAUAGGAAUUGUCUGUGUAUGGAUGCAAAUAAUCAUAUUAGCAGCCCAAAGCUGACAUUUCUUCCAAAACACUGAAUGCUGAUCAAAUAGCAAAGCUUUAAUAAAUAAAAUAAAAUAAAAAAAUCACCACUGCCCUGUGGUACUUGCUUUCUAAGGGAAAGUACCAGUUUCAUUGUUACCAAAUUCUCUCUGCCAUAUAAUCUCUACAGCAUCCAGUAGUACCUCAUGGGAAAAGCUAGCUAUCUCAUUUCUCUCUAGAGGAAAUGUCCAUGUUACGGCCGAUCUAUGCUUAGGUGUAACUUGUCGCCAAGGUACAUGUGGAAGCAUUGGAGCUGAGCUCCUGGAAGAGAUAGACAGGAUUCGUUGCCUUUCUAGCUCAUUACACUUUUCUUGCUUGCUGUCCAAGCAAGGAUGCUGGGAUAUAUGAUGAGUCUUUUCACUGUGGUGAACGUGGCCCUUCUUUAUACAUCGUAAAGAGGCCCAAAAAAAAAAAAAAAUCCCUCUACCUCUACACCUGUUGUUCACCUGUAAAGCUUCAAGCUACAGAAUGAUAUAUAUAUUUUAACCUUUUUUUUGUCUUUCAGAAGCAUACUAAUUGUUUGCCACUGAGGCCUUUUAUCUACUGUAUUUUAAUAUGUUCAUUUGAUAGUCAUCGAGAUCUCUUUGUACUUCUAACCUGUAGAUCUUGUCAUGUUUCUUACUGCUCCUUUUUCCUCGUUCUCCAGUCCACUUUUAAAUUGAUAAAUAGAAAGCUGUACACUCUCUAUUCCUAUUACAUUUUACACUAGUGGAACUGGUAUUUUGGUAGCGCCUUAAUUUUGCAGUUGUGAAAUGAUUGUAUCAACUCUUAUCUGGGGCUUCUGACCAGAUUUAAACGAGUAUGUUUAAUGUAGAUAAACUUGAAACCAUUUUUUACUGUUUUAAAGCUAGUUAUGAAAUGGAGUGUGUACAUAUGUAUAAAUAUAAAUUAUUAAUCUGCACCUUUUUGUAUCUAGUAAAUACAGGAGAAGUUCAUGUUCUAACCACAUUUGGCACUUCUUGUUGCAUAAGCAAAGCCAAAACUUUUUUUAAAAAUUGCGAUGUUCAUUUCAUGUAUAUUUGCAAUAUUCAUGGGAAAUGUAUUUAAUUUAUGUGAUAUUUGGAAUAAAACAGAUUGAAUUUA